AACUAAAAAAAAUACUAGCUUUGAAAGAAAGAUAAACAAAGAUGGCGAUUACUUGGAGUGUCACCACACAGUUUCGAACCCUGACGGUCAGAUAUUUUUCCCGCUCCAGCGCUCUCGGCAAAGCGAGCAAAGGUCAAUCAUCGAACUGGUGGAUUAAUCGUCAACUGAAUGAUCCCUACGUUAAACAAGCCCAGGAGGAAGGCUGGCGGUGUCGAAGUGCCUUUAAACUCAUUGAAAUCAACAAACGCUUUGAACUAAUAAAACCCGGCUCCGUUGUUAUUGACUGCGGGGCCUCACCGGGUUCCUGGUCGCAAGUUGCAGCGAAGUUGAGCAAAUCUGACACGCGUGAGGGAACUGUUAUCGGCAUCGACCUGCAGCAAAUAGUUCCUAUCGAAGGCGUUGUGACGCUGGCAGGCCAUGACUUUACCACUUCAACUACACAGCAACGAAUAAUUAACAUUCUUAACGACAGAUUAGCCGACGUCAUCCUCAGCGAUAUGGCGCCCUCAGCCUCCGGUACCGCGGCACUUGACCACGACCGGAUCUGUCAGCUGUCUGUCGCCGUGUUGAAGUUUUCUUCAGCGAUAUUAACAAAAGGUGGCCACGUGCUGUGUAAAAUAUGGGACGGGGCUGAACGAGAUAAAGUUACGUCUAUCAUGAAAAGGAUGUUCCGCUCGGUAAAAAUUGUUAAGCCGGACGCUUGCCGCUCGGAAUCGGCAGAGAUUUAUUUGUUGGGGAUGGAUUUUUUUCUAGAUAGACACACAUAAAUAUUAAUGACAAUAACCCGUGUUUUUGUUGUUUGAAAUUCGCUAAUAUGAUGUAAAUGCGUGUUUGAUUUGUUUUUAGACUUUAUAUCGACAAUGUCUAAUCGCCCGAGCCCGACUUGCACAGUAAAUAUAGAACUUGA